AUGCUACGUGCCACAUUCUUGGAAUUCCCAGAAGACCGCACGGCGUGGCAUGUCGAUACUCAAUAUCUGCUAGGCGAUAGCCUGCUUGUUGCGCCCAUCUUCAAUGGCGAAGGCGAUGUAGAGUACUAUGUUCCCAAAGGCAGAUGGUAUGGUCUACUUGAUGGCAGGAUUCGCGAAGGUCCAGGCUAUAUAUCUGAGAAUCACGGAUUCGAUUCUAUUCCGGUGCUUCUCCGACCUGGGUCCGCAGUCGUUAUCGGUGCUGAAGCCAGCAAAGCUGUUUAUGAUUGGGCACAGAACUUUGAGCUGCUCAUCAACCCUACAGAUGAUAUGAGCAAGGAAAUUCUGGUUCCGAACAGCGAGAAGCCGGGAGACAUUGCCUUGGCGCUUACCGUUGUGGCAAGUAAAACAGGCGUUAUAGUCACGGUCACACAGGGGAGCGUUAAGUCAGACUGGAAGAUUGCGGUUGCUGGUAAGAAGCUGAAGGAAGGUUUAGUUGAUGGAAGCAAGAGAGUAGAAGCUUCACUAGUAAGAGCUAAAGCUAGUAUAGCGGUUGCUGCUGGGGCUAAGAAGGCAGAGUUGACGUACGCGUAG